UCUGAACCGGUGACGUCACGCGGAAAACAAGAACUGUUUUCCUUCAGCGUCUUCGCGUUUUCCGUCUGCGUUCGAGAUACGAAAGUUCGUCCGGAUGAAUGAAAAGUUCAAACCGCUUCGGAAUCAGUUUGUAUUUGCCGGGGCUUCGGACAACAAUUCCUGCUCAAUUUUUUUGCGAGAAACAACGCGCGUGUUUUGCGCGCCUUUUCCAAAAAAUCAGAAUGCCAAUUUUUGCGUCCGUUCAUCGAGUUGCACCACUUGGCUUCGCUUUGCCAAUUUAAGGACAAUGGCGGGCGUUCGCACUUAACCGACAAAUGAUUUAAAAACAAACGAACUAUGACAUGAUCGCGCACAUUUCGGCGCUGGCCACGCCCCUAACCUUAAACGUCAGCGUCUACGCAUCGGAUGUGAACGCAACCACCACCAACUACCUCUACACGAGCGUGACGUCAGACGCUGUAGCCAAUGGCAGUCACGGGCAGUUCGGCAACAACGCCAGCUAUAAUGGCAGUUUGGACUACGCCGGUAGCUCGAUGUUGCCCAGCUAUAUCCGGACUACGUCAGUGGUAUUUUGCGUACUCAUCAUGUGCCUGGGAGUGAUCGGUAACGUGAUGGUGCCAAUAGUGAUCUUCAAGACAAAAGACAUGCGAAACAGCACCAAUAUUUUUCUAGUGAACCUUAGCAUAGCAGACUUGAUGGUGUUGCUAGUGUGCACACCAACCGUACUGGUGGAGGUCAAUUCGCCGCCUGAGACUUGGGUGCUUGGAAGGGAAAUGUGUAAAGCAGUUCCCUUUGUAGAACUGACCGUAGCCCAUGCCUCAGUCCUGACCAUUUUGGCCAUCAGUUUCGAAAGAUACUAUGCAAUUUGUAAGCCGCUGAAAGCUGGAUACAUUUGCACCAAAGCCAGAGCUUCGCUCAUAUGCAUUCUGGCCUGGUUUAUUGCCGCAGUGUUUACUAGUCCGAUCCUUGCCAUCACCCAGUAUGAAUCCGACAGCUACUUCGACGGUUCCCUGAUCUUUGUCUGCUUCAGUAUGGCCGUUGACUUAAUGCCCUGUAUAUUUUUCGUCGGUUCCAUCAUAGUUUUUUUCAUUAUUCCUCUAGCUAUAUUGAUAUGCGUCUAUGCAUUGAUUGCCCGAACACUCAUGUCGCAUCCUUCACAACUGGUCUCCCUUCAAACGAAAAGCGUAUCCGUGCCAAGCCAAAGCGUAAUAAAGUACAGGAAGCAAGUGAUGUUGAUGUUGGCCACUGUGGUCACAGCUUUUUUCAUCUGCCUAUCCCCGUUUCGAGCUCUGACCCUUUGGAUCAUCUUCAGCCCGCCUGGAUCCAACUUCCGUAUGGGCCUUGACAACUACUACAAAAUCCUGUACUUUUCCCGCAUUAUGUUCUUUAUCAACUCAGCAGUGAACCCCAUACUGUACAAUAUCAUGAGCUCCAAGUUUCGAGGAGGGUUUUCCAGACUGUGCGGCAUGAGGAAGCUGAAGCGACAGUUCCAGAACACCGGAAUUAUUCGGAGAAGCACCACCAGCUCGACCAGCCCCAGCACCCAGCCAACAUCGGACAGCGGCGUGAGAAGCGGACGCAACCAAUCAAGAUAUUCGAGCAGUUUGAAGAAGCUGAAGGAAAACCCCAAAGAAGAGGCGCUAUCGGAGGAACAAGCAAAAAGGCCCACGUUGGCCCGAAACGUCUAUAUAAAGGCGCCCCUGCAAAUUGUCAGCGGAACGAGUGGACAGAAAAUUAAUCCAGGGGCCGAAAUCUACGUUUAAGCUCUGAGAAGUUUCGAAUGCGUAAUAAGUCUAGCAAGUGUCUUUAUUAAGUAACAUUCAAUUUACUACAGGGUAAGGCUUUAUGUAAUUACUUGAUAAGCGAGGAGUUGUGCGAUGCAGCGUACGAUGCAGAAAAGUGUUGCUGAGGACAAAUUACUAAGUAGAAGGAAACAGACCUGAUUGCAAUCCAUCAAUAGGAAGCACACAGUCUAACACAAUCAAUAGGGAAAAGAAGAGUCAGAUCUCAAGAAGUACAUAUUCUCUUUGUCCACCUUUGCAAGAAAGUGGGACCCGGACCAAGCAAAUUUACCCAACAAUCAACCUAAAGGUUUUUAUUGCAAAAAGCAUUGAAACUUUUCAAAUACACUUAAAACAAGCCGCCACUGCUGACCGCGGUAGCAUUUAGAAAAAGGCGCUUACCUACUAUUUGACUGCCUGUUUCUACGUAGUCCAUCCAUCCUCAAAGCAGUGAAGAAAACUCCCAAACAUGUAAUUUAGAGGAUUGAGCUGAGUCCUGGAGCUCAUGUCAAAAUGGAGAGCUAGACGUCACAACUUCUUCCAAUUGAAAAUUCGAUUUUUUUUGUUAAAAUCACGCUUUUGGCCGCAAAUAAUACUACAAAACGUUUAAGCAAACUCUCCUAUUUGAGAAAAUCGCCAGUUUUUGGCUUACAAUUGAAAAAAAACCCGAAAAGUUCCGAUUUUCAACGCAGAAGAUCGCCCACUCUCAACUCUGCUCAUUCGGCAAAAUGUCAAUGGAGUUAACAUAAAUUUGUUAGUAUUCAUAAAAUGUCCUAAAUGAUACUUUUUAUCGAUGCUACGACCUAGUAUGUGACUGCAUGUUUCUAGAUAGUUCAUCCAUCCUCAAAUCAGUGCAGAAAACUCCAAAUAUAGAAUUUAACAUCCUGGAUUAUAUGCAGCUGAUGUCAAGACGGAGAACUAAACGUCAAAAAUCCUUCAAUUUGAAAAAUUGAGUUUUUGUGUUAAAAUCGCGCUUCCAGUCGGAAAUAAUACUACGAAACGUUUAAGCAAACUCUCCUAUUUGAGAAAAUCACCAGUUUUCCCAUUAAAAAUUGAAAAAAACCUGAAAACUUUCGAUUUUCAACGCAUAAGAUCGCGCACAGUCACCCACUUUCCACUUGACUCAUUCGGCAAAAUGUCAACGGAGUUAACAUGAAAUUGUUAAUAUUCAUAAAACGUCUUUACGCUUGAAAUGUCUUAAAUUAUUUUUUUUAAUCGAUACCUACGAAGCAUCGCACAACCUGUAUAUAUAAAUUAGGCAACUAAUUCAGUAUUAUACCGGGUAGUAUUGAUAAAUCCGUACUGUUAAGCCAGACGAGGACUUGAUGCAUAAAUAGGACCAAUCUAGAAGACAGUCUCCAAGCAAGCUUUAAUUCCGAUGGUGAUUUUAAUAUUAAAGAAUAAUAGUUGACAAUAAUGAAACUAUACACUGCCAGGAACGCUUCAUAAAAGAACAAUUUCUAAUAAAACUAAAAUACUUUAGGAUAGAACAAUUUUAAUUAAUAUAAGUGGUAGGACAUGACUUCAAUUUCAUGUCGCCUCAGAAAGCUAUACAAAGACAUCGAGAUUCUAGUCAAUUUUUCUAAAAAAAUAACUCAAUAAUUGUUCAUUUUUUAUACACCGCUAACUGGACUUUAAAUGUUCAAUUUAAGGAAUAUAUAUUGAUACUAUUAG